UCCUCUGUAGGACUUGAUUGUUCUGGGUAUUUAACGUGUCUCCUCUGCUCGUCUUUACAUCGACUUCCAUGAUCAACUCGCCAGCGAGAUCCAGUUUCAUCGUCUUCGCCUGGAAAGACCCGAUAUCUCUUCCCUUAGUUUGCUCUCCCAAUCUUCUGAUCUGCCGACUGUCGCGAUGAAUCUCCUCCUGACCUCUUUGUUGCCCUGGCCGAAGAGCGGAGGAUGGCUCGUUCAGGUUCCGGUCUACACCGCAGGACUCCUGCUCGUUGCCAUCUUCCUCAACGUCCUCCGACAGUGUCUCCCACGUCCAAAGACGGAGCCUCCUCUUGUCUUCCACUGGAUCCCUUUUGUCGGAAACGCCGUGUCGUACGGCAUGGACCCAUUUCGAUUCUAUGUCCGGCGUCGUGAAAAGCACGGCGACAUCUUCACCUUCAUCCUCUUCGGCCGAAAAAUGACAGUCUACCUCGGCAUCGGGGGCAACGAGUUCAUCCUCAACGGCAAGCUCAAGGACGUCAACGCCGAGGAGAUCUACUCGCCCCUCACCACCCCCGUCUUCGGCAGCGACGUCGUCUACGACUGCCCCAACGCGAAGCUCAUGGAACAGAAAAAGUUCAUCAAGUUCGGCCUCACCCAGGCCGCCCUCGCGUCGCACGUGCAGCUCAUCGAGGAGGAAGUGCUCGGCUACAUCGCCUCGGCGCCGGCCUUCGGGCAGCAAGGCGAAGAAGCGCGUAGCGGUACGGUCGACAUCACGGCCGCCAUGGCGCAAAUCACCCUCUUCACCGCCGCAAGGGCGCUCCAGGGCGCCGAGGUCCGCGCCAAGCUGACGACCGAGUUCGCCGACCUGUACCACGACCUGGACGGCGGGUUCCGGCCCAUCAACUUCGUCAUGCCGUGGGCGCCGCUGCCGCAGAAUCGUCGGCGCGACGCCGCCCACGCCAAGAUGCGCGCCGUGUACACGGACAUCAUCCGGCGGCGGCGGGCGAACGGCAUGCGCGAAGAAGGGGAGGAGCCCGACAUGAUCUGGAACCUGAUGCGGUGUACCUACAAGGACGGACGGCCGGUGCCGGACAAGGAAAUCGCGCACAUGAUGAUCACGUUGUUGAUGGCGGGGCAGCAUAGCUCCGCGUCGUCGAGCGCGUGGAUCAUGCUGCGGUUGGCGUCGCGGCCGGAUAUCGCGGAGGAGGUGUACCGGGAGCAGGCGAUGAACCUGGGCGGCCGCCACGACGGAAACAAAGAAGAAAUCCCACAGCUGCGGUACGAGGACAUCGACAAGCUGCCGUUGCUGCAAAACGUGGUCCGGGAGACGCUGCGGGUCAACUCGUCGAUCCACACCAUCAUGCGCAAGGUGAAGAACCCGAUGCCGGUGCCCGGGACGGAUUAUGUCGUCACGCCGGAUAAGGUGCUGGUGGCGGCCCCCAUCGUGACGCACAUGGAUGCGGGUUACUUCCCGGACGCGGAGACGUGGGAUCCGCACCGCUGGGAUGCGAAGCCGGGGGGCGACGAGGAGGGGGGGGAGGAGGAGGAGGGCGAGGACGCCGCGGAGGAUCUGGUGGACUAUGGGUACGGGAUCACGUCCAAGGGCACCAAGAGCCCGUAUCUCCCGUUCGGCGCCGGGCGGCACCGGUGUAUCGGGGAGAAGUUCGCGUACGUCAACCUUUGCACGAUUGUUGCGACGUUGGUGCGGAAUUUCCGGUUCGGCACGCUCGAUGGCAAGUCGUGGGUGCCGCCGACGGAUUAUUCUUCUCUGUUCUCACGACCUAAUCAGCCUGCCGUGAUCCGAUGGGAGAGGCGGUUUCCUAAGGUUGUGGGGUGAGGAGGCGGAGAUGGGGGGCUGUGAAGUUGUGAAGAGUGAAGAUCUGAGACCCCUGACCGAGACGUCUAAAAAUGGGUAGACUACGGUACUAACUGUCGGAUGUCAACGGCCGUUUCCACCUGCCCUUCCAAACACGGUGUACUUCGUAUUCGUAUUAUGAUUCGUAAUCAACAUC